GGAGACACGGUGACGCCGGCGCCCGCGGGUCCCGUGACCGCGCGCCCCUCCCCGAGCUCCGGCAGUCAUGCAGUCCCCCGCGGUGCUCGUCACCUCCAGGCAGGUCCGGAACAGCCACACUGGCCUCGACCUGUCCGUGCCCCAGCACCAGGAGGUGCGCGGGGACAUGAUGUCGGGCCACGUGGAGUACCAGGUCCUGGUGGUCACCCGGCUGGCCGCGUUCAAGUCGGCCAAGCACAGGCCCGACGACGUCGUCCAGUUCCUGGUCUCCAAAAAGUACAGCGAGAUCGAGGACCUGUACCAGAGACUGAGCAGCCGCUACCCGGGCGCCAGCCUGCCCGCGCUGCCCCGCAAGGUGCUGUUCGUGGGCGAGUCGGACAUCCGGGAAAGGAGGGCCGUGUUCCACGACAUCCUGGGCUGCGUCGCCAGGGACGCCCAGCUGGCCAGCAGCCCCGAGCUGCUGGGAUGGCUGGGCACCAGAGCUCCAGGUGCUGUGGACCCCAGCACCAGGGAUGGCCCCGUGCUGGAUGCAGACGGCCAGGCCGGGGAGGACGCGGAGGCCUUGGACUUCUUCCAGCAGCGGGACCCCGUGGAUGGGGACGACCUCCCCGGCAGCAGCCUUGCAGGGAAGGCCCAGGAGCAGGAGGAGGAGGAGGAAGAGGAGGAGCUGUUGGACCCACUGGGCAUCAUGCGCACCAAGAAGCCCAAGAAGCCCCGCGAGCCAGCGCCCCGGCCCCCGCCCAAACCCUCGCCCCGACUCACCAUCUUCGAUGAGGAAGAGGACCCGGAGGACGAGCUGUUUGGCCCUGGGGGGAAGCGCGCCCCCCAGAGACCCCCUGAGGAUGCACGCAGCAGGGAUCCCCUGAAGCUGUUUGAGGAUCCGGACCUUGGCGGGGCCGUCCCCCUGGGGGACCCCUUGCUGCUGCCAGCCGCCCAAGAGACUGGUGGGUUUGCAUCCCGCCUGGACCCCAAAGGGACCUCGGAGGAGCUGUUCAGGGUCGAAGAGGACUUGGACCAGAUUCUGAAGCUGGGCGCUGAGCCCCCGCCCCGGCCCCGGCCACCAGUGGCUCCUAAACCAGUGCUCCCUAGCAAGCCAGCGAUUCCUCCCAGACCCAGACCAAGCCCGCGGGCCACAGAGCCAGAAGCGCGGCUGCCACUGCAGCAACAGGCCCAGGCCAUGGAUGAGAUGGACAUCCUGCGGUACAUCCGGGAGCAUGAGGCACCCAGCGAGGCCGCCCCCAGCCUCUUCUGACCCUGCUGGGAGCCCCUCAGGUGUGGGCGUGUGAGGGGGAGCCCCCCCUCGGGCCCAGGAGGGGUGGGGCACAGCCUGAGGCCGCCUUAGUGACCCUGAUGGCCUCCUUCAUCUGUAUGGAGCCUUGGGGGUCGGGCAGGGGUCCCAUGAACCCCAGUGCUCCUCUUGUUUUCCCAGGGAAAGGUCACACCAUGGCCACCUUGUGCCUCUGAUAUAGGGCCAGCUCUGAGCCAACGUUUGCGGGGUCUCCCCCAGCUCUGAGAGCCUGGGGACCAGGCGCCCCUCUUACCCUGGUGACCCGAGGCCAGAUGCUGUCCCAGUGUUAUUCUGGGGGGCGAGGGGGCAUGUCCAGUGGUGGAUGCUGCUGGCCCUCCCCUGAGCUCUGUCCGGACAUGCCCUGGGGACAGACACCCACACCAUGCCAGGGCCAGCGCCUUAGACUUCACACCCAGCCCCCGUGCCAGCUGGUCUGGGUGGUGCCACACUCAGGAAACCCUCAGCCAGUGACUGUGUUCAGUGACACCGAGAAUGUUCUUUUAAAUCCUCUAUCCUCUGCCUUCCAAGCUGCAGCGACACCUGUCCUUAGCCCUGUGGUGUACACAGAGAGACCCGGAGGGGUGUCUUUGGGACUCGCACCCUAGAGUCCCUCCCAGCUCAGGGCCCACAGUCCACCCCGAGGGCCUCCCUGAGCUGGUAGUGCUGGGGGUCUGGCAUCUCUCCAGGGACCUCCCGGGGGCUGUCCAUGGCCUCCAGGGCCACAGGAAGUAGCCAUUGAAGGGGCGUGGAAGAGCUGACCUCCCUGUCUCGCCACCUCUCCCUCUCCCCAGGACUCUCAACUCAGCCCCCCACAUCUGUACCCCACUUCCCUCCCACGGCCAGCAUCCUUGGGGGGAGACGCCCACCUUUGCUGGCCCCGGGCUUGCACCCUUGCUGACCACAGGGGAGCCUGCCGGG